GGGCGGAGCCGCUCCUGUAGUUUCUAACUUUGUAAACAACAUGCCGGAGGAGCGCCUGCCCGCUGCGGACGAGCAUGACGAACCAGACGGAGGGAGCAAACGGACGUCUAACAUUGUCGCAAAAAUAUCUCAGAUUGCUGACGAGCAUUUGACUGUCGUGAGGAACAUCAGCACAGGCCUUGCGAUAGCUGGAAUUAUUGUUUUAGCCCGGAGUAUUAAACUGAUCACAAAGUUUGGGGCUGCUGCAGAUAUACCCGCACGAUUUAUAGAGAGGAAUGUGAGUCUUCGAGGAAAAAUUCACCAUGUAAAAGACAAUAGCAUAGAAUUGGAACAUGUUCCAAUUACUGUUCCAGGGAUAUCUCCCCUGCUCAGGGAAAGACAAUCUAAAGCACUCCUGGUGGUUCGGCUGGCAGGAGUUGAACUCACAGAGGAUGGACAGAUGUGGUUAAAACAACAGCUAAAACCCGCAGAGGUUGUCUGGUUUAAACUUAUCAGAAGGGAAAGCAAUGCACUCGACUGUCUCGUCUUUGUGAACAGGGGCGGCCUGUUCCGCGAUGUGUGCCUCAACGAGGAGCUGCUGAGGCAGGGCCUGGGAAGAACGGUGCCCGCGGCCGGCCUCCCGCACGGUUCCCGGCUCUUCUGGCGGGUCCACCGCCGGCUGCUCCGGGCCGAGGGCAAGGCGGAGAAGGCGGGGAGGGGCCUCUGGAAGCGCCCGACGCUCUGGGAGCAGAUGUCGGACAGCUUAGAUCGCUUCAAAGUCACGGGACUUCUCAAGAGGCUUUUAAAACGGACAUAAUGGCGUCACGAUUUGUUUUGCUCUAAAGCUGAGGACGUGGCAAAGAAUCUGUGUAUAUCCUGUGAGACUGCGCAGCUUGUUUAAUGGUCUCUUGUUUCCUGAGGACACACAUUUUUGGCCUUGAAUAGUUUCAGCAGUGAUGAAUGUAAGCCAGGAUUAUUGCUGUGGGUUUUCAUCCAUGUGCAGUCCCAACAGAAAUCCAGAUUGCUGACCUUUAUCUCUUACACACUUGAUUGUACUCUUGCCUACCAAGGGAUUUAUUUCUACAAGAAGGAAAAUGUUUCAAAUAUCUAUUUCUUCACCAUAUUUAAGUAUGCUGGACUUGUGUGUGAUGCGUUCCUUAGUUUCUUUUCCUGAGUUUUCUGUUGCUGUUUUUUUUCCCGAUGGUCAUGGCCACACUACACAUGUGUCAGUUCCACUGCUCCCGUAAAAAUAGUUCUAGGUGGAUAGAUUUAAAAACCCAAUUUUUCUCCAUUAAUGCCGGCACUUUUUUGUGUUUUAAAUGAAGGUGUUGAGACUGACUGUUUUUUGUGAAGUGCUAAAAAUGUUUUAACAUCUUCCUACUGUGGUUCCCGCUAUGGAAAAUAAUGUAUUUUUAUCCAUAAGUCUUAUUAAUUCCUGUGGCCCAUUCAGUUUGUGGCAGCGCUCCUGGACCCCUAAUCUUUUCUCCUUUUCUUAUGUGAGUGUUGAGGAC